UCUCAAUGAACGACUCGCAGUCAGUGUACAGGUGUAUCUCGGCUGGUACAGUGUCUGAGUGGCCGUGUGCAAUAUGUAUCAGUCCGGUAGCCGGCACCGCGUGCUCUCCAAGUGACUUCCACACCGCCGAGAACACCCCCGUCCCUCCCGCACCCUGCAGCCUCCCUUACUGGAUAUCAUUCGGCUAGACUGCAGUUAUUUGGACGAUGGCUUCAAGAUGGCUGGAGCUGCUGAUUUGUAUCACAAUGUGUGCUCUGGCCAUGUCAGGGACGCCGCCGAACAAAAGUCGCCAAGGUGAAGCUUUUCAAAUCGUGCCGAAGGCGUGCACGGUGGACACAGUUCCAGGAGUGUGCAUGUUCGUGUGGCAGUGCAUCCACCACCAGGGGAAGCAUCUCGGCAUGUGCAUGGACGCCUUCAUGUUCGGUUCCUGCUGCCAACUACCGCCUGACGCCAUGGUGCCCACGGUGGCCUCCGAGCCUCAAAUCGCCGGCUCGCAAGCGGUCAGCGCCUACCUCAGCUCAAACAGGCCAUUCAGCUCCAGGCCCGUCACCAAGAAGCCAUUCAAGACUCCUCCAGCGACCACUGCUACGCCGAGCUACACCGCAGACAUCAACAGCGAAAACUUCGUGGACUACACGCCGCCAGAAAACAAUUACUCGCCCCACACCACCAAAUACCCAUUAGCACACACUACUAAGUUUCCACCCGCCCCAACCACCCAGACCACCAAAUAUCCUUCGUACUCGACUCCUUCAAAGGAUAAAGUUAGCACGCUCGGUAUCUCCAAGUACCCAACACCGACGGAGCCAGCCUUCGUCACCAGACCAAAACCGUCCACUUGGACAUCUCCUUUUAGACCACGACCACCGGACCUGAUCCAAGGUUCAAUAUUUAGUCAGAGACCUAUUUCCGGUUUGACAAAGAAACCUUUUCGACCUGCGUCAACAACGACCGCAACGACCGCACUGACCACAAAACGGCCCACGCCGACCACAACCACAAGCACCACUACCACCACCACCACCACUACGACCACCACCACUACAACUACUACGCCCAGGCCUGCUACAAGUUCCCCCAAUCCAACUAGACCACCACCACAUUUUCAAUCGCCGUACCUAACUUCAACCCCUCACUUGCCCGCUUCAUCUACCGAAGGUUCAACUACCAUAAGAGCAAAUGCAACGAAUGUUCCAGUUCGUGCUAGAAUAGAAUGCGGAAAGCCUCCUUUGAUUCCUCCGCGACCUGAAAUGCGGAUUGUCGGUGGCAGGACGUCUGAUUUCGGUAGAUGGCCGUGGCAGGUGUCAGUUCGAAGAACGUCUUUCUUUGGCUUUUCGAGCACGCACAGAUGCGGUGGAGCGAUCAUCAACGAAAACUGGAUCGCGACAGCGGGCCACUGUGUGGACGACUUGCUGACGUCGCAGAUAAGAAUCAGAGUCGGCGAGUACGACUUUUCCUCAUCCAACGAGCCGUUCAACCACGAGGAGCGCAGCGUCACUAGGAAAGUUGUCCACCCGAAGUACAACUUCUUCACGUACGAGUACGACCUGGCCCUGGUGCAGCUCGACCGGCCUCUCGAGUUCGCGCCGCACAUCGCGCCCAUUUGUCUGCCGGCGACAGACGACCUCCUGGUCGGCGAGACAGCCACCGUCACCGGCUGGGGCAGGCUUAGCGAGGGAGGCACCUUGCCCUCAAUUCUCCAAGAGGUGUCAGUGCCUAUUGUAAGCAACGAGAAGUGCAAGUCUAUGUUCUUGCGAGCCGGCAGACACGAGCACAUUCCAGAGAUAUUCCUCUGCGCUGGAUAUGAAACCGGUGGCCGUGAUUCUUGUCAGGGUGACUCCGGGGGCCCCCUUCAAGUGCGGGGCAAAGACGGCAACUACUUCCUAGCUGGCAUCAUCAGCUGGGGCAUCGGGUGUGCGGAGAACAACCUGCCUGGCGUGUGCACUCGGAUAUCGAAAUUCGUCGACUGGAUAAUGGAGCAAGUGACUCAGUCGUGAUUUUCGCCAGACACUAAAGCCCUCGAGUGAGAGAUACAUAACUUAAAAUCAACCCGACUGUGAAUCAAUCAACCAGAUUAAUGUUAUCUAUUUGUAAAUGAAGAAUCCGUGUUCAACCAGUCCGAGGAGUCAAGCAAGACGCUGAAAGUGAACCAACUUCGGGGCGGCGCUUUUUAUGUUAAAAGUGCGAACGCUCGUCGCUGAUGAAAGUGCUAUUCAUGUACAUAUUUAAGCCUCAUUUUAAGUGUCACUGUGAUAAAAAUUAUUCGUAUGCGUUUCCAGUUUUUAUUAUAAGUUGAGUGUGCAAAAAGACGAGUUGUUGAAAUAUUAUUUGGAUUUUUUUGUUGCGACGCAUUCAAAUUUUAUCCGUCAUUGAGUCUUCCAAACACUAUUUUUGUUAUAUUUCUAGCAAAUGAGACGUAUCAACAUCCUAAAAUUAGUUGAGCAAUACUACGAUAUGAAUUGAACAAACUUAUAAAAGAGAGUAAGUGCCCUGUCAAAUAAAGUUCUAUUGAAAAUUAA